AUGCAAGCCACGUAUAUGGGCAUCAAUAAUUUUCUUAAAAUUGCCGACCUUCUACAUAAAUCAUGUGCAGGAAGAUCACAAAUAACUUUAUUCUUACAAUUUUCUAGAUUCAAUGAUUUUGGGCAGUGUCCAUCUUCUAAUUUUUCUACUUCAGCAUUAGUGAAACCUUCCCAAAGCAAAAUAGGAAUUUUCUGGGAUUUGGAUAACAAACCUCCUAUUUCAGUUGCUCCUUUUGAGGCUGCCAUCAAGUUGAAAAGGGCUGUUUCUUCUUUUGGGGUGGUUCACUAUAUGGUAGCUUAUGCCAACCAACAUGCUUUGAGCUAUGUGCCCCCUCAGGUUAGAGAGUUGAGGAAUGAGAAGAAGGUGUUAAACCGUUUAGAGAACAAGGGAGUCAUCAAGCGCAUUGAACCAUAUGCAUGCCGGAUUUGUGGGAGGAAAUUUAACACCAAUGAGAAGCUUAUUGACCAUCUUAAGAUUCACACAAGAGAGCACCAGAAACGUCUGAGACAGAUAGAGUCUGCAAAAGGAAAGAAGAGGGUCAAUUUGGUGGCGAAAUAUGCUAUGAACAUGGAGAAGUAUAAGAAUGCUGCUAGAGAUAUUUUGACACCUAAGGUGGGCUAUGGUCUAGGGGAAGAUUUGAGACGUGCCGGUUUUUGGGUGCAAAUGGUGUCUGAUAAGCCACAAGCUGCAGAUGUUGCUCUAAGGAGCCAUAUGGUAGAUAUGAUGGAUCAUAGGCGAAUACAAUGUUUGGUGCUUGUCUCAGAUGAUUCAGAUUUUACGGGUGUCUUGGAGGAGGCUAAGGAGAGAUGUCUACGGACUAUUGUUGUUGGCGACAGCAAUGAUGGGGUGCUCAAAAGAAAUGCUGAUGCCUGUUUUUCUUGGAGAGAAAUCUUGAUUGGUAAAGCUGAAAAGCAGGCAGUUUCAGUUGUAGGCCAGUGGAAAGAUCGUGAUAUUUUGAAGAGGCUGGAAUGGUCAUAUAAUCCAGAAUUGCAAAGAGGUUCCUUUAAUGGUAGUGAUUGUGUUUUUGAGGAGGUCCAGAUUGAGAAUGAAGCUGAUGAUUCUAUUGAAGUAGAUGAUGAUUCUAUAUUUUGCAAAGAUGAUAAACCUUGGUGGGAACUAGACUCGGAUGUUUGUGGUGCAUCUUCUAAUUGA